UUAAAUGUUCUUCAAUUUGUUCUCAGAUAGUGUAUUCACAGUAUAAUGGGAAUGCUUAUUUGACUGGUUUUUGUUCUAACUUUUAUUUGAACGGUUUUAAAAUAUUUGUGAUCAAAUUGAAUGGCCCUAAUAUUUUUAUUAACGUCAUUUGUUUUGUUGCAAAAUGUGAGAAAGUGUCAACUACUUUUGAAAUAUUCUAAAUGUUUUAAAAGAAUCAUAACCAUUGGAAGAUACCCACAACAAACAAUGACAAUGAUUUUUCUUCAUGUUAUUUGGAAUUACAUCAUUAUAUAAGCAAUUAGUUAUAAUUGUUUCAAAAAUGGCUAAACGUUUGCGUAAAUAUAUACCUGACUUGCAAAUUCACACGUUAUGAAACAUCUAGAAGAGUGAAGAAAUCGUUUAAUCUCAUUUAAGCAGACUCCAAUCAAUGCCACUAGUGCCUGCUCAGACGUCGAGUGUGACUAUUAAAUCAAGCCGGCUCGCAAUCAAUAGCGUCGUCGUCAAAUUGAAUAGUUUUCAUGCACUGUCUACAAAGCGUGAAAAACUCAUUGCAAAGCUUGAUAAAUAUGGAUGCAAUUUAAAAAGUUAAAGUACACACUUAAAACAUAUCACUGGCGCGGUGAAGGAUGGCUUGAAUUGCAAUGGAACUUUUAAUGUACAAAAAUAUAUUUUUUUAAAUUAUACCGAAAUAAAUAUUCCUAUAUUCAAGGUUUGGGGAAUAGUGCACAUGAAACUCCGCUGGUCCCUGUUUUCCUGAGCGCUUGCACUAUAACGCGCAGGCGUGCAAAUUCACUGACGUCACAUAACAUUCCACCAAUCAUCUUGGAGUUUAGAGCAGCGUGUGGGCAUGAUUUAAGAGCCGCCUUCUCUUCCAAUAAAUCUGUCAGAACUUCACAAAGAUGAUUUAACUGUAUUUCACAUCGUUAUGAAAAUACUUGUGGAUUAAUCAGGUGACUGUUAAAAUGCUGUCUGAUAAACUGGAGUAGAUUAUUUUCCACAUGUUUCCCCGCCAACCUUUUCUUUCUGUUUUGAGUAGUUAUUUGGAGGAUUUCUGGACAUGGAUUUGUGGGGCGCUGUAUUCAACAAUUACUUUUGGGGGAUUGGAAGCUUUUCAAAAUAAUUUAUUAAUAAUUUAUUUAGUAGUAAAAGACAAAUAAGUCGAAACUACGUUCAGUAUGUUUUUGGGCUAUUACUGUACAAUCAGAUCUCCAAAAUAUUGUCAAACUAGAAAUACCGCGUUUGAACAGCAGGUGUCGCAAGUGGGCCAUUAGGCAAUAUUACAGUAUUUGCUCAAGAACUCUUGGACCUGAUGACCAGGCUCGAGGAUUGAACCCACUACUUUUUGGGGGGCUGAGGCGUUGGUUCGAUAUGGAGUCAGAUCAUUGAUACACUUUUAUUUAGUUUCAAGGGCAAGUUUCCAGUUUAUAUGAUGCUUUUAAUGUCUUUAUUUAUUAAAGUGCAGCAGUCAUUAUUUGUGCUUGGGUCUUUGAAAUUAAAUCAAGGUUGUCCUUAAUGUGGGACUUGAUAGACACAUAGUAUAAAUGAGUCAUUUUUACAGUGUAUUUACUGUAUAUGGUUACCAAAGUAUUAUCUAAGAAAUUCAGAGUAGAAAAAGGUCAACAAAGAUGAACUUUGAACUCUAGUUGGGUAAUCAGUAUGAGCAAAACAGAUUAAAAUGGUCAGUUAGGGUGCUUGGGUAAAUGGGACAAAUGCCGAAAUUAGACAGGAUGGUAGGCCUCUUGUUUGGCACGCCUGCCUUCCAUUUCUGAGGUCUGGGGUUCAUAUGUCGGCUCAAACCUUCUUGUGUGGAGUUUGCAUGUUUGUCCUGUACUCGUUUCUUUCUCCCUCAGCUCAAUAGGUGUAAUUGUGAAUGAUUGUCAACAUGAGGCCUACGCUUAACUGGCGACCAGUCCCGGGUGUAGUCUGCCAUUCACUCAAACACAGUUGGGAUUGGCUCCAUACCAUUUAAAUGAGAGCAUAGAAAAUGGAGGAAUUUAAAAGAGGGAAAAAACAGUUACAUAAAUUGUUUUGAUAGCGCCUGUAAACAAGUUUACCAAGUUGAUACUGUAAUUCAAACGUUUACCAAUAGGCUAAACAUAGAACAAAAGGAGGUCAGUAGUACAAACUGUCCCACCAGCCGUAAACACAUGAUUGCAGCAAGUGAAACCGGACUAUACUGUUGACAAAUCUGUGAGAGAAAUCAAACUAGUCCGAGUGAGGGUAAAAAUUAAUCCCUAACUAAAUGAAUAUUAGUCGUGAUAAGAACUGUCCGGAAGCAGUCUUUUAGUUUUUUUUUUAAAAUGUAAAUAUUUGUAGUUUUGUGUUGCGAAACAGGAAGUAGUUUUCAAUGAAGAGGAAAUAUCAUUGGGUAAAAGUAUGACAGCCAGCCAGAUUGUCCAAUCAGCGCUCGCUGUAGUCUACGCUAUUAUCCAAUCGAUGUCAGUAAUGCAAAUUUUGUCGAAGUUCUUUCUGUGGAGCACUCUUUGGUUAUCCGCAUUGAGCUUCACCCACAUCGCACUUGACGUAACAUUUGUGACGUCCGUAGGCUUUGACCAUUAAAACGACAAACGGUCUACAACAAGGGAUUGAAAGGUAGCGUAUUUCGCUAUGUUUGUUUCAAGAGGUUUACGGUAAUUGGUCAUAAAGCUGGUAGCUUAGCAUCUAGCAUAGCGUUUGCUAACUGACGAGUUCGCCGGUACAGGCGGUCCUCUUUGUCUGACAGGGGAAGGCGUGCUCUUUGUUAAGGCUUUUCCCUUUGUUUCCACCCGGAAAAAAAGAGGAACUGUUAGGCCAGCAUUACAUAUUUAUCCUCAGUGCUAUCGUAUUUAGAAAAUGCAAGUCGCGAAAAAAUACUUCACAGAAGGCCUGAUUCAGUUGACCAUCUUGCUCAGUUUGAUUGGAGUUCGCGUGGACAUCGACAGCUACUUAAGUGGCUACUACUCGCCUCUGAUUGAGAUUAACUUGGGUCCUAGCUCUGCCUACACGCAGACGCCCUUCCACAAUUUAAGAGACACCCUCGGGGGAUACACCGUGCACCCCAAAUGCCCCGAGUUGGACAGUUUCUUUGCAAGUCGCCGGCUUCUUGAGGAGGUUCGGAAUCUGGGCUCUCCGCGGUUCCCCACGCAGCUCAACGCAUGGCUGGUGCACCAAGUGUCGCCCAUUGACAAGUCUGAUGGUGGAGAGCCUUCAACUAGCAGCAGUACAGACACCGAGCCGGACCCAGAAAGCUACCAAGCCAACGAUGACAGGAACCAAGAGCUUCAGCGAACAUCUGCAUCCGGGCCUUGUGUCAGCAGGGUUGUAACACAGGAGGAUGAUGUCGUUGUCAAAGAGGAGGAGGAAUCUGCUCCAGUCACUCAGCUGGCUCUCAGCUCCACAUUGGAACAAGAGAGCGUGCUUGAUGGCAUCACUGGGCUGUCGGAGUCGCCACAUCACCCACUGCCCGCGACCGACUUCGACGAGCACUGGAGCCGCUUUCUCUCAAUGCCAGUCGCUAACCUUGAUGACCUGGACUCUCUUGUUACUGAGCGCAUGUCAGACCUGGACAUAGACGGCGGCGGGGGUGGCAUCAACCUGGAUGCCACUUUGCUGGAUGCCAUGGUAACCAGCGGCGGAGUGUUUGAUGCCACUCAGCAGAGGCCAUUAUUCCGACAGGAGUCCACCGGCUCCACCCGCUCGGGCGCUUCACCGGAGAUGGCCCUGGGGCUGGCUGCGCUGCCUUUUGCCUCGGUGUGCAACUUAAGUGGCGGCACGCCGUUGCAAGGGGCGCUGGGUGACUGCCUGGAUGAGGCCGUUUUUGACCAGAUCAAUCAGCUGGGUUUGGAGGGCUUGGAAAGUAUUGACUCACAGCUGAUGGACUCUUUUGGAAGCAUCGACCCAGACAUCCUUGAGGAUUUGGACUCUGAUUCUGGUCUCUCUCUGGAGAGCAGCUCUGGAGGUCCGGUCUCCCCAGGAUCGUCGGAGAUGUCAUCGUCCUCCAGUUCGUGCGAGGAUGAGUGCGGAGCUACGGGUUACAGCAGCGAGGUGGAUUCACUCCCCUGUAAAGGCGUUUUGGACCGCACCACCCUGUGGCCACAUGUGGAUCUCAGCGAGCGCGUGUGGCACGACCACAGCUACUCAUCUCCCGCUGUCUUCAAUCCGCCACCCGUCACUCUGCCUCACAAAGGCAUCAAGGAGGAGCCACUUAGCGAUGACGAAGGGCCCUAUCUCGAUCAGCCGGAGCUGAGCCGGGACGAGAUGCGCGCCCGCGCCUUGUGCAUCCCCUUUUCUGUGCUGCAGAUCGUCAACAUGCCCGUGGAAGAGUUCCUGGACAUCGUCGACGGCCACGGCUUCUCCCCCGAACAAGUGACGCUCCUCAGGGACAUCCGGCGGCGGGGCAAGAACAAGUUGGCGGCGCAGAACUGCCGCAAGCGCAAACUGGAUGCCAUCACGGGGCUCCAGGAGGAGGUGGACCGGCUCCACGCCCACAGAGACAGGUUGCUGAGGGAGAAACAGAUCACGGCCAAGACCAUGGGCGCCGUUGGGCAGCAGAUAAGGCAGCUCACCAGAGACGUCCUGGCUCGCCUGAGAGAUGAUUCGGGACAGCCCCUGAACCCGGACCGAUUCACCCUGCAGUGCGGGGCCAACGGCAGGGUGGUGGUUCAGCCUGUGAGGAGGCCCGCCGUCUCCACAUCGAGCAGCAAUAAAACAGACAAGAGGAAGAAAGGGAAGAAGCAGUGAUGCAGUAUUUCUUGCGCCAAACUAAAGCUGAACUUUCUUGCCUUUCUCUGGCUGCGGGAUCGCCUUACCAAGGUGUGCGUGCGUGCGUGCGUGUCGAAACCACUGCUGUUGGGAGUCUGAAACAGCUAAAGCUGCCAAAAAAGGAGAAACUCACAAAGAGUUAUUAAAAGAAAAACUUGUGAAAGGGGGGGAAUGUAGCUUACACACUGGACAUCUGAAGCUUCUUUGAAAAUGGACUCCAAGGGCGUUGAAAGGAAAGUUUGUAUGGAACUGUAUGUGAUGCAACCACUCGCUUUCUGUGCCGGCAAACAUCAAGAUGACUCGCUCGCUCGCUGGCUAUUGCGGCUGACCGAAAUGUGUAAAAGAUCAGGCAUGUUUAUACGUCAGCAUGGCCAGCUAGCAAAGAAGACGGCCAAGUCUCCUUUGUUUUGAUAUAUCCUCUCAAGCGUACCCUACGACACAAGCGGGUGAUGAUUAAUGGCUGUAUUUAUUCAAGCAUUUUGAAGUUUAUGAAAGCUUGUACGCAUCAAAGGCUGCCAAUGGCCGUGCGUUUUUAUUUCUAUCAUAACAAGUGUAUUCAAAAGUGGUCAGAGAAAUGGGAAAUUACAUACAGUAAUGUUUACACAUUUAUUUCAGAUUUUUGGAAGUGUGUGCUGUAUUGAAAUUUAAAUUAAGAUGAGAGAGAUUGGGUUACGUCUCGAUGACAUGUACCAAUGAUUGAACUGACAAGGCCUUAAGUUGCAUUGGAUGGUUUAUGUACAUGAGCCACAAUUCGAAGUCAUCGUUAACUGGUUUAAAGCACAAUUCAUACAAAUUAAUUUAUUGUAAAGAUUCGGCCAGGUUAUUUUCUACCUCUCACUUGAGUUCAUUUUAAAACUUUGGAAACAUUUUAAGUGCACUAUAUCACUCCAUUAUUGGUCAAAUGUCCCUGUAUGGACCCGAAGCAUCCCAUUAAAGAUUUAAUACAAUCAUGUUAUGUUUGGGACUGUUUGAAAAGUAUUUACUUGGGUUUGCUGUGUUUUUUUUUUUUUUCUGAGGCAUUUACAAAGACUUUGAAAUGAAGAUACGCAAUAGACAUGCACGAAUUAGUUCCUGAUCUUUUUCUUUACCAUGUUCUCAUGUUUUCAUUUUUUAUUUGUCUGGUAUGACUGUUUACUUCUUGGUACAAAUGUUCUCCCCCUCUUCUCUCCAUCGUUGAGCAAAUGUUUUUGAUUGCAUGGUAUUGUUGAAUGUGUUUUCUGCUUGGUGGGGGAGGGGACUUCAAGAGGCUUUGACAUGAUUCUGAUUAAAAAUGGAAGCGAUG